CAAAACAAGCCCUGAACAGCUUUGUCCCUUCCAGGUUCCCGUACAAGGCCUGCUCCAUUAUCCAGCCAACCCGAUUCAAAACCGAAAAAUUAAGCAUCUAAACACAGGCUCAAUGGCUUUAGUUUCUGCAGACACCAAAAUUGCUGAGCUGCUGACUGAGCUCCAUCAACUAAUCAAACAAACUCAGGAGGAGCGCUCACGCAGCGAACACAACCUACUCAAUAUCCAGAAGACACAUGAAAGGAUGCAGACAGAAAACAAAAAACUUUUUCUCUCCCCAGCUUCCCCAUACUAUCGGACAAAGCUGCGUGGACUGUACACAACGGCUAAAGCAGAUGCAGAAGCUGAAUGCAGUAUAUUGCGCCACGCUCUUGACAAGAUCGCAGAAAUUAAAUCACUACUGGAAGAGAGACGUAUCGCUGCAAGGAUGGCAGGGGUGUACAACGACAGUGACCCACCCAGGAAGACCAUGCGUAGAGGUGUACUAAUGACCCUGUUACAGCAAUCUGCAAUGACGCUUCCUCUAUGGAUCGGCAAACCGGGUGAAAGUCCACCCCCUCUGUGUGGAGCGAUACCCGCGAGCAGUGACUACGUGGCUAAGCAGGGUGAUAAGGUGGCAGCUCGGGUGAAGGCUGUGGAUGGAGAUGAACAGUGGAUCCUAGCAGAAGUGGUCAGCUACAACCACUCCACCAACAAGUAUGAAGUGGAUGAUAUUGAUGAGGAAGGAAAGGAGAGACACACACUAAGUCGAAGAAGAAUCAUCCCUCUGCCACAGUGGAAGGCUAACCCAGAGACAGACCCCGAGGCACUGUUCAGCAAAGAUCAGCUGGUGCUGGCCCUUUACCCACAAACCACCUGCUUCUACAGAGCCCUGAUUCAUAACCCUCCACACCGGCCCCAAGACGACUACUCUGUGCUGUUUGAAGACACGUCCUACGCAGAUGGCUACUCGCCUCCUCUCAACGUAGCCCAAAGAUAUGUAGUGGCCUGUAAGGAGAACAAGAAAAAGUGAGGAAAAGGAUUGCGUGGAUCUGGACCUGAUUAAGUGGCGUUUAAUUAGGAGGACUGGCGCGGAAUCAGACUCCUGAUGCAUAGAGUCACCAAAUGGAUCUGAGACCAGGACUGAAACAGCUGAAUACCAGCUCUGAUGAAAACGAACCUGGGAUGGGCUAAAUGUGCGUUUAUAUUUGUACAUGACUCUUGGAUUAAUCAUCGCUAUGAACUGUGAAUUAGCAUAAUUUGGGAUAUUUCUAGGUCAUGUGUGUUUUUGUACAACAUUCCUGUCAGUGAGGGGGCUAAAGAAAGCGACUGCAGUCAUACAGCGUAACAAAAUAAAGAAGCUUUUUCAA